AUGAAGAGGCAAGCAAUUUCAGGUUCAAACUUCGAACCAGACAGUCCUGCAGAGAGUAGAGGACGCCGCACGUGGACUCCAACAGAUGACAAUGUCCUCAUCAGCGCCUGGUUAAACACCAGUAAAGACCUUGUCGUAGGGAAUGAGCAACGGUCGGUUGCUUUCUGGAAAAGGAUAGCAGCCUACUACUCGGCUAGUCCCAAGAUCGCUGAGUGUGACAGAAGAGAGUCCUCACAAUGUAAGCAAAGGUGGCACAAGAUCAACGACUUGGUGGGCAAGUUUUGUGGAGCUUUUGAAGCAGCAACUCGUGUGAAAACCAGUGGGCAAAACGAGACUGAUGUUCUCAAACAUGCCCACGAAAUCUUCUUCAACAACUACAAAAAGAAGUUCACAUUAGAACAUGCUUGGAAAAAGCUUAGACAUGACCAGAAGUGGUCUGAUCUUUCUUCGGCUUGCUCUCAAGGAGAUUCCAAAAGGCAGAAGUUAGAUAACGGUUUGCACUCAACCUGCUCUCUAGCUGAUGAUGGAACGACUCGACCCCCUGGUGUUAAGGCUGAAAAAGCCCGUGGCAAGAAACAAGUCGGCGAUGAGAAAGAGCUUGAUGAGUUUCAGAAAAUGUGGAGAAUCAAGCAAGAGGAUUUGGUUAUUAAGGAAAAGCUGUCGAAGAUGAAGCUUCUGGACAGAAUCAUGGCAAAACAAGAACCUCUAGAUGCUGAUGAAGAAGCUCGGAAGAAGAAGUUAAUUAAUGAGUUGUUGAUGUCUAAUUAG